UCAUAAAACUUUUAUGAAGGAAUUAGGGAACAGUACUGGCUUAACAAUACAGAGAAAAUUAUUUGAUAAUAGACAUUCAUGUUAUAGCAACAAGUAACAAGAGAAAAAGCAAGUUUGAUAUGCACUCGAUCUAGCCUACUCCUUCCAUUCUCUGCUAGUAAAACUAUGUUUAAAAUGUUUAAAAUAUUAACUUGGAAUAUACUUUUUAGCAACUUCUAAAGGUUCAGUAAUUUCCUUUAAGUUGGCACUCAGCACAUUUACAAAAAAACAAAAAAGAAAAAGAAUUCACCCAAGGACAGGGAAAGUUUCCCUGCAGCUGCUCUGACCGUGGAACUGUUAUCCUCAGAUGACAAUGAAGAAAUCUUUGAACCUGUUCAUGCCCAUGAAAAGAAUGUUUGCUUUUAACAAUGUUAAAUGUAAUUCUUACAUUUUUUGCACAACAUUCUUUGAGACUCCACCAUUUAUCAUACAUGUGCAAAAUUUGUAGUUAAUCUUCAAACCUUUUGCAUGAUCAUUGGAUGAUAUUUAUUUGUAUACCUGCAUUACAUUUUUUUACAGAAACGACUUGAAAUGAUCAGUUUUAUUUGUUUUAAUAACACUCUUUCUUGUAAAAAUCUAAAGUAUUGUUCUUUAACGCUGGUAACCCAAUAACCUAUAUAGUUUUUAUUUAUUUUGUUUUUAUUUGUUCAACUUUUCUUGUUUUAUUCGUCUGUUAUAUUUACCUGGAUGUUUUUAGUCCUUUUGUUUUGUAUCCUGUAGUAGUGAAAUAAAGUUUUAGGAAGAAAAAAAUCAUUUCCGCUGGAGUUGCGCACGCGCAUUGCUGAGGUUUUCAUGGCGGCGCCCGUCGAAGGAAAACAUGCAACUGUGACUUCAAACUGGUAAAACUGUGGUGGUUGAGGUGUUUUUCCAACAAGAAGAAGCUGAAAGAGCAGAAACACAAGCGUGACAUCGACCGCGUGAGGACUGCAGUCUGAGACCUGUGUUGCAAAUCAUUCAGAAGGACACACGCACAUCAGUAAUCUCUGCUUAAAACAGCAUGUUGGUUCUUCGGGAAACAGAUUUUUGUGGUUUAUUUGUUUCAGUUUGACGGAGUCACUGAUGUUUCACUAAAAUGAAAGCUAUCAACAAAGAGGAGACUUUUCACCGUGUCGUGUUGAAGAACGCUUCACCGCACCACUACAUGAAAGUCCACCUUGAACUGGAGGAUAACUCAAACAGAUUGAGUGCAGUAGAGCUGAAACACUUCAUCAUCGCAGGCCUGAAGAAUCUUCAUGGAGAGGUUGGAGCAGCGUUGAACUUUGAUGUGUUGAAGUAUGAUGAAGGAAGUCUGACGGCUCUUCUGCGUGUUCACAGCAGUGGUUUAGUGAAACUGUGGAGCUCCCUGACUCUGCUCGGCUCUUAUCAGAACCAGAGCUGCGCCUUCAGGGUGCUGCAGGUGUCUCCGUUCCUGUUGGCGCUGACAGGAAACAGUCGUGAGCUGCAGCUCCACUGAAGCGGGAGCUGCUUCUGGUUUGAGUGCAGCCAUGUGGAGAAACAUCAUCAAACUCGGUUUGUCUUCUGUCGCGGCGGCUCGUCCUCACAACCGGCUGCUCCACGUCGGACAGCGAGCUUCCCUCACCAAAACGUUCUCCUUUCGCCACGUCGAGCUAUUCGCCGAGCUCACAGGCGACACCAACCCGCUGCAUGUGGACCCAGCAUACGCCAGCACCACCUCCUUUGAGACGCCCAUUGUGCACGGCGUCCUCAUCAACGGGCUGAUCUCGGCCGUGCUCGGCACCAAGAUGCCCGGCCCCGGCUGCGUCUUCCUGCACCAGGAGAUCCGCUUCCUGGCACCACUUUACGUUGGAGAGGAGGUGCUGGCAGAAGCAGAGGUGUUCAAAAUCAAGAUGUCGUUCGCCUUCAUCUCUGUGAGGUGCUCUGCUAAGGACAAAGUGGUGAUGGAGGGGGAGGUCAUGGUGAUGAUGCCUGUGGAGCAACAGCAUCAGGGAAAGUGACUGGAGGACAUCCAGAUGCAGCAGAUUUUGGUUUCAAGUUUGGUUUUAAAUGAGGUCUAAAGACGCGUGUCAGUCGUCUAGCUGAAUUUUUGUUUUUCUUCAUUAGAAAAAGUUAUUUUUCUAACUUUUCAAGUUUGAUCACAUUUUAGAAUUUGUAAUUACACCUCAGCAUGCUCUUUGUCUUUUGGUGAUUAAAGUUAUUGUAUAAAAAUAA